ACCCUGCAUUCACUAUAUCCGCUCUCCCCGGACCCUGCAUUCACUAUAUCUGGUCUCCCCGGACCCCGCAUUCACUAUAUCCGCUCUCCCCGGACCCCGCAUUCACUAUAUCCGCUCUCCCCGGACCCCGCAUUCACUAUAUCUUCUCUCCCGGACCCCGCAUUCACUAUAUCUGGCUCUCCCCGGACCCUGCAUUCACUAUAUCUGGUCUCCCCGGACCCUGCAUUCACUAUAUCUGGUCUCCCCCGGACCCUGCAUUCACUAUAUCCGCUCUCCCCCGGACCCCGCAUUCACUAUAUCCGCUCUCCCCGGACCCUGCAUUCACUACAUCUAGUCUCCCCAGACCCUGCAUUCACUAUAUCUGGCCUCCCUGGACCCUGCAUUCACUAUAUCUGGUCUCCCCGGGACCCUGCAUUCACUAUAUCUAGUCACCCCAGACCCUGCAUUCACUAUAUGUCCGCUCUCCCCGGGCCCUGCAUUCACUAUAUCCGCUCUCCCCGAACCCUGCAUUCACUAUAUCUGGUCUUCCCGGACCCUGCAUUCACUAUAUCCGCUCUCCCUGGGCCCUGCAUUCACCAUAUCUGGUCUCCCACAGUACACAAAACACGGAAAUGCAAUUAUUUUCGUAAAUAUAAACUGCUAAAUACCUUUACUCAUCAGCAGCAUACAGCAGCCUUGUGACUUCUAUCAGUGUCCAGCAGAGCACUGGUUAAAGCUAGUAGGAGGAGUUUUUUCAUUCUCCUAUGACUGCCCUAUGAGGCUGCAUGACCCCUGACCCUCUGGAUAGCGCUGAUUGGCCCUGUGCUGUUCACAUGCACUCUCCCAAGAAAAAAAAAAAACACUCUAGCACAUACACACUAAGCUGAGCAUGUACAGAGUGACUCCAAAGGCUCUGUUCUAUCAGCAAAUAGAUUGGGGACAGUAGAAGAAAAGAAGGAUCGAAGAAGACAAGAUCAAACAGCCUCUUUAGAUAAUGCAGAGGAUUAA